AUGACCCCUCUGCAGUGGAGGGGGGGGGGUACCCGACUCAGGGAUCUGGGAUCCACACUCUGGGAAAGGAGCCUCAACACUGCACAGCAACUCCUAAGCACCCCGAAAGCAGAGCUGGAGUGCAGGGACAGCAAGCACGGUGUGGAACCCCAGAGCAAGGGCAACCCAGAGCUGGGCAAGACAGAGGCAGGACCCCCAGCAGAGGCUGGGCCCCCAGACCUCCAGCAAGUGCAGGACCCUCCCAGCAGGAACAGGACCCCGAGUAGGGGCAGCACCCCCAGCAAGUGCAGGACCCUCCCAGCAGGAACAGGACCCCGAGUAGGGGCUGGACCCCCAGCAGAGGCUAGACUCCCCCCUCCAGCAGGAACAGGACCCCAAGUAGGGGCAGGACCCCCAGCAGAGGCUGGACCCCCCCCCCUCCAGCUGGGGCGGGACCCCUCCCCAAGAAUCCCUGGCUGGCCCCGCACACACUGCCUGUCCCGGCUGACUCGGGCUGGGAUGGAGCCGUCAGGAAUGUCCCCGCACACAGUUGGCUCGCUGGGGAGACAGCCCGUUCACGCAGAGGACCGAGGGACCCCCGCGGGGGCGGCAGGUGCCCUGGGAGCCCCGGGCCGGGCAGAAGCGCGGGGUGGGGGCUCCCCGAGUCUGAGACCCCCACCCCUGGGUCCCCCCACGGGCCGGGCACUCAACACCGCAGGGCGCCCACUGCAGGAAAGCCGGCGCCCCAUCACUCAGUCAGUCGGUGGGCAAGCACUCAGUAAGCGCCAGCUGUGUGCCGGGCGCGGGGCUGAGCCCUCUUGGGGCGGCCGGCCGUAUGGGGGCCAGCGCCCACCGGCCUUCCCCCCGCCACGGCAGGGUCCCCGCACCCUCUUGUCAAGGUCACCGCCGGUGUCCACCCUCCCCCCCAGCAGAGCUCACUGCCCCGUGACCUUGGGCAAGUCCGUGCGGCGGCCGGGCCUCAGUUUCCCCGCCUGUAAAAGGAGGGAGCGGCCCGGCGACUGCCGCGGUCCCUGCCAGCUGGAGCUCAGGGUCCGGCGAGGCCGGGGCCGGGGGCCGCGUGGGGUCCCGCGGCCCUCGGGCCCCCCCACGCGCGCCCCACGUGUCAGCACCCCGGCCACCCCCGCACACGCGUGCCCGGGCCGGGCGUCCCGGCCGCGCCACCCCCACGCGUGCCCGUGGGCCGGCCCGCCCGCGCUUACCUCCCUCCCGCCGCCGCCGCAGGGCCCGGGCCCGGCGCCGGCGCCCAGCCCGCCCCCGCCCCCCGGGGGACGCUGCGUGCUUUACGUAACGCCCCCUGCGCAGCCGGCGGUGACCAUGGCGACGGGGCCGGCCUGCAGCGCCCCCUGGCGCCGGGGAGGGGAGCGGGAGGGAGAGCGCACAGGGGAGGGCCGCAUGAUCUCUGCCACAUGUUUGUGCACCUGUUUGAGCUCCUGGAAGGUGAGUCAACCGGGCGGGCAGCUUCUGAGGUCCCUUCCAGCUCGGACCCCCAGCUGCCACUGGCUGCCUUUCCAGACACCCCUCUCCCCAGGGCCCAUGCCAGCCAUCUCUCUGGUGGGAGCCAGAAAGCCCUGGCUUGGGGCAGGCCACAGCAUCCCCCAACUCCCUGGCAGCAGUGAGAGCCCGGGGAGGAGAGUGAGGAGGCUGCUGAGAGAGCUGCCCCAAAAGGGCGUGGGCUGCAGAGGGAGGAGGUGCUCAGCGGGAGGGGCUGAUGAGCCAUUUCUUGGGAUGGCAAAGAAGGGGCCAGGCGAGGCUGGGGUGAGGGGUUCCCUUCCUGCUCAGAGGCCGCAAUUCUGUGCUGGGCCCAACGGCCCCCGGACCUUCUAG